UGACGGGAGAAACAGAAAACGAGAUACGUCAACAGGAGGCUGGGGUUUUAUUCGUGCAGAGGGGGCGAAUUGCAAUAACUCAAUCAACUUGGGCGAUAAGUCUAAGUUUAAAUUUAUCAGCGAUGGAUGACUACAUGGACACGUUAAGAAGACAAUUACUACUGUUGACAGAGAUCAAACUGCCGGGGGGUGACAUCGACAAAGGCAACGGACGGGUGAAUCUACGUGACAGGCUCCCAUUCCCCGACCAACGCGACAUUUUAGACUACGCAGAUGUACAGGCGAAACGGGCUUCAGUACAGAUAGCUGACAGCGCGUAUAGAAUGUUUCAAGUACAGUUAGGAUGGUUUACGGAACGCAUGAAUGCUCUCGAACGAAAGAUGGAUAAUUUACACGCACUUCACCACACACGUAGAACGCGCUCGAUCUUUUCCGGCAUAGGCAAGCUCAGUAAAUUUUUAUUCGGCACAGCGACAGACGACGACGUCCAACAACUACAACAAAACAUAGCAGCCAUGCAAAUAUCCCAGACACAAACCCACCACAUCAUCGACCAGGCACUCACCGUCAUUAACUAUACUAAAAUCCAUACACAAAUGAACACCCAAAUUUUGAGAGACGUCAUACGGGACACAAAAAAGGUCGCAACAGCCGUAGAAACAGUCACAAGACAGGUUUAUGAAUGGAGAACAGCGGCAGCUCACGAGUCAAUGAUGAUCUCACGGCUACAGGUAGCGCUAACUGGUUUACAGCUCGCCUUUGCUCAUGCUAGAGAUCAAAUCGAUGCUAUACAACGAUAUGUCAACAUACUACUCACAGGUCGGUUACCCCCCACACUUGUCCCCCCAACGCAGCUUAGUGAAAUCCUAGCCGCCAUCCAGGAAUCCCUCCCGGAUACAGUUACACUCCCGUACCCAUACAGCACUCAAUUAUUACGCUAUUAUGACAUGAUAACAGCUGUGGUCGUACCGACACCAGACGCGUUGCACGUGCUGGCCUUCAUAUCACUGUCUUACCGAGAUAUGGAUUUUCGCAUUUACGAGAUAAUAACACCACCAGUGUUUCUACCCAAUAGUACAAGUACAAAAACAGGUCUCACCAGCCAGACAGCCGCAUAUUACGAGACGGACAAUAGGUAUAUCGGGAUUAGUCUAGACCGAUCGGUAUACAUAUACCCGGACGCACUGAGACUACAAUCAUGCUUACGACAACACCGCGUAAUCUGCGACGUAUACUCUCCUAUCUUUCCGGCAACAGCAAUAAAUUCAUGCGCAAUCGCUUUGUAUCAGAACGACGUUAAUCAAAUUCAAACAUUGUGUCACAAGCGUGUUGUUUUCUAUCGGAAACCCGACCCACAGGCCAGGUAUAUAGCGAACGGUAAAUGGCUAAUCUCCGCGCCAGCGCCGUUUAAAAUUGUUAUAUCAUGUCAAGCACAUUCUACGGCGCAAAUCAAAGUCACAGAACUAACCAUAGAGAGACAAAAGCUCAUUCAAUUACGGUCGGGUUGCAAGGCAGAUGCGGCAGCUUUUACGUUACCCCCAUAUUUUUUUCACGAAACC